AUGCUCCCACGCCGCUAUACACGCAUCUCGCGCCUCCCACGGACGCUAAUCUUCGACCUGUUCCCCGUACUAUUGCUAUUCUAUUCCAUCGUUGAAGUACUCUCCGUUCGCCGCGCCCUGCAGGCCGUCGACCAGACCGCCGAGCACGAGGCCGAGACCUUCGAAAAGGGGGAAAAGAUAUUCAUAUCGAGCAUACACCUCCAUGACGAGCAACUGCUGCGCGGGUAUUGGAAUGACGCCCUGCUCUCGCUGGUCGAGGCGCUCGGCCCGUCCAACGUCUACGUGAGCAUCUACGAGAGCAACAGCCUCGACGACACCAAGGGCGCCCUGCGCGACCUGGACGCCGCGCUGGAACAUGCCGGUGUCCGCACGUCUAUCGUGCUGGACGAAACAACCCGUGGGCAGGAACUCGACGGCGACAAGAAGGGCGAAGGCUGGAUCUGGACGCCGGCUGGCGCGAAGGAGAAGCGGCGCAUCCCUUACCUCGCGCGACUGCGCAACCGCACGCUGAAGCCGCUGGAGGAGCUCGAGAGCAAAGGCGAGCGCUUCGACCGCGUCCUCUUCCUCAACGAUGUCGUGUACACCGCCCGCGACAUCCUCGCCCUCCUCCGCACCAACGGCGGCCACUACGCCGCCGCGUGCGCGCUCGACUUCCGCUACGCGCCCGCCUUCUAUGACACCUUCGCGACCCGCGACCUCGACGGGCACGCGCCGCUGUCGACGCGCUUCCCGUACUUUCGCUCCCCGGCGUCGCGCCACGCGCUGACGCACCGCGGCCACGACCAUAAGAGCGACAACAAUGGCAUUGUCAGCGACGGCGCUGUGCCCGUUUCCAGCUGCUGGAACGGCGUCAUGGUCAUGGAUGCCGCCCCUUUUUACACGAAGCUACGCCGCCUCGAAUUCCGCGCGCUGGAGGACAGGUUAGCGGCCCAGCACCUCGAAGCCAGCGAGUGCUGCCUCAUACAUGCGGAUAACCCGUAUGCCGAUGGUCGCGGCGUUUAUAUCAACCCCGGCGUGCGUGUCGGAUACAACCCCGAGGCAUAUGCAGCGGUGAACCCCGGUGAUGGUCGGCUGUGGUUGUCGGCCUGGGAUAUCUUUUACGGCAUGUGGGAGAGUAGGGCGAUGAGGAUGCUGGCGUGGGGCGUGGAUAGAGAGGAGUUGGUGGUCGGGACAAGGAUUGGGAUGUGGGAGAAGGAUUUUAAGAGAAGCGAGCCUGGUGCGUUUUGUGCGGUAGAUGAGAUGCAGGUCUUGAGGAUGGACGGGUGGGCCCACGUCUGA